GGGUCACUAGUGAUACUGGCAUGCAACAUUAGCCGAUUCGCUUCUGCCAUCCAGGGUCAGUUAAAUGAUAGCCGAGUACGCAGUGGAAACCAGCGCCCGCUUGCCCCCCUAUCUAUUCGGUAUCAUUGGGCGAUUUCGACGGUUGCCAUCUCUCUAUAAGAUAAGGCAUGUCCGAAAAGUCGGGGUAAAGCAACCACUUUGGACAGGUCUCGUAGGUAGCUCUCUCGUCUAGGAAGCUGACAAGCCCAAGCGACAGUAUGGUCACGGCUCAGGCAACUGACUGGGCUCGCUUCUCUAUCUCCAUCUCCCUCCCCUACAUACAUACAUAUAUAUAUAUACUCGGCACUUUCCGCGAUGUAAAUCUCGUUUUAAUAGAAUCUCUAGAAAUAUACCAACCGCAAGAUCUCUCCUGAUUGUUUAGGAAGCCCGAAGUAGAACCACAUGAUGCCGCUCCUGCUGCCCUUAUACGUCGCAGCCGGGGUGCUGCUAGCGUGCCUUGCGAGCGCGGCAUCGGCCUCGACGUCAGCGGCGCAGACCGAGGCGGCGCGAACCCUGCCGGCCAGCAGCCGGGCCGACGUGUCGGCCUGCGAGCUGGCGGCGAACCGCGACGUCGCGGGGACGCUUCGCGCCUUCAUGCUGUUCGUCGACUUCCCGGACGCGCCGGCGACGGGCGCGGGCGGCGAGACGCCGCAGAGCCUGCGCGACUUCUUCCUCCCCGCGGCGGCCGAGUGGUACGCCCAGUCGUCGUACGGCGCGCUGGCGCUCGACGUGACGGCCGACGUCUCGCGCUUCCACCGCAUGCCGGCCGCGUCCACGUCGUACGGCUGGGAGCGCGGCCUCGCCGCCGACACCCACUACAGGUACAUCCAGGACGCGCUCGACGCGCGCCGCGGCGCCGUCCCGCCGACCGACGUGCUCUACGUCGCGCCGACGGCGCGGGCGCGCGCCCUCUCCUUCUCGCCGACCUUCAUGGGCAGCGUGGCGGCGCGCGGGGGCGCGCACGUCGCGCGCAAGGCGGUCACGUUCGGGCUGGACGCGUACGAGGCGUGGGGCGCGCUCGUGCUGAACCACGAGACGGGGCACGCGAUGUGCCUGGCGGACUACUACCCGGCGAGCGGCGCGGCGGGGCUGCACUGGCGGCUGGGGUGGCUGGCGGACGACCAGGUCGACUGCGUGGCGGCGGCGCCGGGCAGCACGACGCACGCGCUGACGCCGCUCGCGCGCGCCGGCGGGCCCAAGGCCGUCGUGGUGCGGCGCGACGGCGCCAACGCGCUCGUCGCCGAGCUGCGCGCCGCGAGCGGCCUCGACGCGGCCGCCUGCGCCGCCGGCGUGCUGCUGUACACGGUCCUCCGCGGCACGCGCUCCUACACGCUCGCGGACUGGGGCGUCACGGUCACGGUCACAAAGGAGACGGCCGACAGCGUCGAGAUCAAGGUCGAGGUUUCGUGA